CGUCAAUCCGCUUCUUUGUGUUUCAACUUUCAAGGCUUAUUCGGUAUUUCGGUAUAUACCCGCGAAACGUCGAUUUGUUCUCAGAUCCGACUUGCACACUCAAAAGUCAAAGAUUCGCCAUCAGUGGCAAAGAAGAGACUAUGCAAGCUUCUUUCCUCUCAUCUGAUCAUGGAAUUCCUUUCUGCAAAUCCGAAGGGGUUCUUUGUCCAAAGAGGCUCCCUUUCAAACCCAAUUCACCAAGGAAUCUCAAGUACAAACACACUCUCACCUCCUGCACUCGGCUCUCUGCAACACUCGAUUCACCUUGCAGAGCAAAUGUAAUCUCACCGCCGACCACUCUAACAUCGCGCAGCCGAAGCAGUACUGGACGUUUUCUACCUCCAAUUCUGUGCAGCAAUUCGUCGAACAGUUUGAGUGCAAACGACGAUAUUGUUCAUAGCAGUGGUAGGAGUUUUAGGGGUUGGGUGGAGGUGGUAGGAGAGACAAUAUCCACUUUGUUUCCGAUAUGGGUGGCAUUAGGUUGCUUUUUAGGUCUUAUGAGGCCGAAUUCAUACAAUUGGGUUCAACCCAAAUGGACGAUGAUGGGUAUCACUUUCACUAUGCUUGGGAUGGGGAUGACACUCACAUUUGAUGACCUUAAAGGGGCUUUAGCCAUGCCUAAAGAGCUGUUCACGGGUUUCUUUCUACAGUACUCGGUGAUGCCUCUAUCAGCAUUUUUCAUCAGUAAACUGUUAAAUUUGCCCUCAUAUUAUGCUGCAGGCUUGAUAUUGGUUGGCUGCUGCCCUGGGGGAACUGCAAGCAACAUUGUGACCUACAUUGCAAGGGGAAAUGUUGCUCUAUCUGUAUUAAUGACAGCUGCAAGCACUGUCUCUGCAGUGGUUAUGACUCCAUUCCUGACUGCCCAUUUAGCUGGACAAUAUGUUGCAGUAGAUGCAAUUGGACUCCUUAUUUCCACCCUCCAGGUAGUGUUGGUUCCUGUGUUGGUGGGUGCGUUUAUGAACCAAUACUUUAAAAGGGUAGUGAAAUUAGUGUCUCCAUUGAUGCCACCAAUAGCUGUAGCAACUGUAGCUGUACUUUGUGGGAAUGCAAUUGCUCAAAGCUCUUCUGCAAUCCGUAUGUCUGGUCAACAAGUGGUUCUUGCUGCUCUUCUUCUUCAUGUCUCUGGAUUCUUUUUUGGUUAUAUUCUUUCAAGAUCUCUUGGAGUUGAUGUCUCUUCUUCAAGAACUAUAUCCAUUGAGGUUGGCAUGCAGAAUUCGGUGCUUGGUGUGGUUCUUGCUACACAACAUUUUGGGAAUCCUUUGACUGCAGUGCCAUGUGCUGUUUCUAGUGUUUGUCAUUCGAUCCUUGGGAGUGCAUUAGCAGGAAUAUGGAGAAGGAUUUCACCUGAAACUCAGGAAGUGAAAAGUGAACCCUAAUUCAGGAUUUUGUUGUGUUUUUUUUAAAGCUUCUUGUUAUGUAUUUUGUGGGAGAAGAUUACUAGUAUUUUGUUUGAUAUGGCAUUUAAUUUUAAAAAGGGAAGAUUGGCUUGUGUUUUCUUAUUGAUGGGGUUUGAUGUUUUUAGGUUUGCAGAGUUGCUUUUAGUGAGGUUGAUGUUUCGAGAUUAAUAUUUAAUAGUAUGUGAUUUUUGUA